AUGGACGGGAACAACGCGCGACGUGGUUAUUUCACGCCGACAACCGCGGAUCUCGCGGUUCUCGUCGCCUCUUGGGCUGUUCUGGUCCUUACAUUCCCCAUAUCUCUCAUUUUCUGUAUCAAAAUCGUCAAAGAGUAUGACAGAAUGGUUAGUUCCGGUUAUUUUUUUUCCUAAUCUAUUAUAUCUCCGAUUUUCCUCCACCUUGCCGCUUACUGGUAUGAUAAACCAAUUAAUCCAUUUUAAAACUUCAUAAAUUCAUCUCAUGUAGAAGAAAGUUAUUGGAUAUUUUUGAGUUGAUCCGGCUUUUGACAAAAUAGAUAGGGAGCUCAACGAAAUUGGAAAAACAGUCUUUAUCUAUUCGAAAGAAAACAAAGGAGCUCCUUACUCAAAACCUAGAACUUAUCUGUUUUCCUGAGACUGAAAUCAAAACAAUAUUCAGAUAAUUUUUCGAUUAGGAAGAGUUUGGAGCCCCGUUCCAAAGGGUCCUGGAAUAGUAUUGGUCAUGCCGUUUAUAGACGAGCACACAAUAGUAGAUCUCAGGUGAGAAUUGUUUAACAUUUACUAUGAUAUCUUGUCUGUAACAAAACUUGAGAGAAGAAAACUGGCUAAUUUUGACUUUCAGAACAAUGUCUUAUAAUGUGCCGACACAAGAAAUGUUGACGCGUGACAGUGUGAUGAUUGCUGUGGACGCAGCCGUUUAUUAUAGAACGAGGUUCGUUUCAUUUUUUGUUAUUUUCUUGAAAUAAUUUGAUAUUCAACUAACUCAGAGAUGAAAAGAAACGUUAAAACAUUUCUCAUGAAAAGAUGCUUCUAGAAACUGAAUGAUAAAAGCCAUUCAGCGAUCCGAUAGCAAGUAUUUCUAUGGUCAACGAUGCUCACACGUCAACUCGUCAACUCGCACAAUCAACACUACGAAAUGUUCUCGGAACCCGUUCCCUUUCUGAAAUCUUGCUUGAUCGACAGGGCAUUGCGGCUCAUGCAAAGUCGAUGUUAGACAAAGGUGUGAUUUUUUCGGAUUUAAUCAAAUCCUGAUCAUACUUCUUUACAGCUACAUUGUUUUGGGGAAUUCAUGUAGAGCGGGUUGAAAUAAAAGACAUACGGAUACCAAACGAGCUUUGUCGUGCUAUGGCCGCAGAGGCCGAAGCACAACGCCAGAGCGACGCAAAGGUCGUCACAGCCCACGGAGAACUUACGGUAUUUCAAUCCGAAUUUUAUUUAUUUUUUAACAAGAAUGGUUUUCCGUCGUAAGUUUGAUAAGCCUUCUCUGGGAUUCAAGAAUUUUAGAUCUUGAGAAAAACUUUUUGACUUUCACAUUACUAAAUUCUACAUUCUACAUUACGGUUAAACUGUUUUUCAAAAAUUUUCUAUAGACUUGCGACCUUUUUGAUUAAGGAUAUGAGAGAAAGAUUUGUUCUCAGACGUUAACUGGUCAGAAGGACCGAAUUAUUAAUUUUUCUCAUCCCUAGUCACAAAAUCUAAAGGUACAGCUCUGCGAAGUUCUAUGAUCAUCUCAAUCAGCAACUAAAAAACGCUCUUUGUUUGCAAAAAAAACAAUUAUGAAUUAACUUUUAUGCAAGAAUAUGUGUUUUGAGACUUGUUUCGGAUCCAGCCAGUCACAUCGUUUUUUUGGUAGUCAAUAUUGAAGAGAAAUUAUCGGAGAAAAUUUGAAGUCAAUUACACGAAAAUUUCUGAGAAGAAGAACUUUUCCUCUCAUCUAGUAAUUUUUCCCACUUGUCGUAUUUCAAACGCUAAUCAAUUCGAUAUUAUUUCUAACAACGGCAAAUUUUUUUUCAGUUUCCUUUCUCUUAUCGAAGGCUUAGCAUCCGUGAAAAUCAUAAAAUUCAGUUGUUUCUUCUUAUUGAUAUAUCAAAAAAAAAAGUUCGAUCUGAUGACUAUUUUUAAACAUUCCUUCUGACGCAAUGGCAGGCUUUGCGCAGCUUAGUAUAGGCUUCAAAAACAGUUUUCGCCAUAAAAAAUACACAUUUGAGGCUUCAAUGGCACUUCGAAGGGCUGCAGACGAGUUGGUCGGGUCUCCGGCAGCCAUUCAACUGAGGCAUGUGUUUCAAAGUUUAGACAAAGAAAACCGCGUUUUUUUCAGGUACUUGCUUUCGCUGGCCAAAAUAUCCGCUCGGGACAAUCACACAAUCGUCAUUCCUUUCCCCAUAGACUUCAUGAAAAGAUUCAUAAAAUGA